UUCCGACAAGGCGGCCGGAUCGCAUCGUACGCCAUCCCGGCCAAUGGGCAGAAGCAAGAAAAAGAAGAGAGCGAGCGAGCGAGAGAGAGAGAGAGAGAUAGCAGAACAAAACCGUCGCUCCGAAAUCGUUCCAGGAAUCUCAAGAUGGCGAUCUGCCGUGACGGGUAACAGAAGCGGUGCCGUGUGCGUUGUCGUCGUGUGCUUAGCUCCGCAGCCACUUGCCCAAGGAAACAGCAAAACGGUUCUUUUUCCCACCCGGCCGCCCCAGUGCAUCCAGCGGUCACGAAGCGAAGUGUGUUCACCAGCAAAAGCGUUUUCCGUGCGUCGUUAAAACGCACAGUGCACGCGACAGACAACGAAUCUAUUCCAAUCAACCUCGAUAGAGAGAGCGAGAGAGAGAGAGAGUGAGACUCGGCCCGUGAGAAGGGGCUAGAGAUUGAGAAACAAACAGCAAAAAAAAAAAGACCCGAGAAAGAAAAGAAAGCAGGGAAAGAAUAAGAAACACCCGUCCCGUGGAGCCCCGUUUGGAUCGUCCAAGUCGUCAAGCAAGGGAGUGUAAACGCGUGCCCGCAGCAGCAGCAGCAGCAGCCCCAUUUGCGGUGUCCUGUCAAAACGACUGAAAACAUACCUAAGCACACACAGACACACACAGUCACAGCACGCUCUCAAUCACGUCCCAAAACCAACCAACGCGUGCGUGUGUGUGUGUGUGUGGUGUUGUGGGUGACCCGGGUGGAGGGAGGCGCGUGCGCACACCAGACCCUGCCGCUGCUCUCCGUCGUUCGUGUGGAGGUGGUGUUGUCCUCCGAAAAGAGAGAAGCGACACACACACACACGGGUGUGUAUGUAUGUGUGUGUGUGUGUGUGUGUGUGUGGUCCCGGUUUUUCACAAUCAAACGCAAGGCAAACCCUGUCCGCGAUCAAUCAAAGAGCCACACAGCCCUCGGCGGUGCCAGUCGCGAUCAACAACACAGGACGACCGCGGUCCCGAAAAGGAGCCCACACCCCUCCACGCACUCAUCCACCCACCCCCUGCUCCCAGUUGCAGCUAUCUGUGCGUGUGUGUGUGUGCGUGUGAGUAAUGUGUACGUGUGACAAGCACAGGAUGUGUUAGGCUUGGAAUUGGUGCGUUGUUUGCCGCUUCAGUGUCCGUCAUUACAGUGCAGUGAUUGUGUGAUUGUGUGCUUGUGUGUGUGUGUGUGUGUGACGAUGAUCACACGGGAAGUGGCGGUGGAAGUGGUUGCUCGGUAAAGCAAAAAAAAAAAUCCCCCCCCCCAAAAAAAGGAAAAGAAAGAAGAAGCGUAACGGUGGUGUGUGUGUGUGUGUCCGCUGGGCGGCGGAUUCUCGCGGGCACCGUCGUCGUGCAGUGGUCAGUGCGUGCGUGCGGCGUGUGAAGAAGGUGGUGGGAGCGUGUUAUAUGCUACAGCAUCAUGGCACCGGUGUCGCCGUGUGCAGCAGCGGCAGCAACAUCCACACCAUCGCGACCAUACCGUUACUGUGGCUGGGCCCGUGCCGCUACCAGUGUUGCUGCUGCCUCGCUGCCGUGCCGCAGCAGUAAGACCUUGCGCCCGUCCCGUUGUUGAGCGGUGCUGAUCUGCCACCCACACCCCCACCUCACUCCCACGAAAUUUCGCCCUCCCCUCACCCCACCCCCUGGCUGGGUGGCGGCUGCUCCACGGGAGUGUGUGUGUGUGUGCGUGCGUGAGUUUAGUGAGUGUGAGCAGGAGGGAGAGAUAGAGAGAGAGAGAGUGUGAGAAAGCAUCAAUCAAACAUUCGGUGAGACGCCGUCCGAAAAAAAAGACAUUCUUUGAAUAGACACACACGCAUCUACAAGGACUAAUUGUGUGUGUGUGUGUGCAAGCAGGAGAAGCAGGUAGCGCGGAAGACCCCAGAGCGGAAGAUCGCGUACCGUGGUGUGGUUCCCGGGCGAGUGAUCCAUCCCGCAACCGAAAAGCAAGAGCCGGGCGGGCAACAGGACGACGACGAGCCACAGUAGUUACCCGUGAAACGCCGUGUGCGCGUGUGUGCUCGAACCGCCCCGCCCCUGGAACACGAAAUAUGGAGCGGUUUCUGUCGCUGCUACUGCUGUGCUACGCUCUGUACCAGAAGUUCGAUGGCGUCGUCAGCGAUCAGGUGGUAUUGCUGGACACUACGAAGGAGGCGACGCUGGAGUGGACCCGCUACCCUUACGGACCGCAGGCACAAACGCCCGGGUGGGUGGAAGAGUCGUUUACCAACUUCGUGAAGGGUAUCAACUGGCGCAGCUACGUGGUGUGCGACGUGGCGUACAACAACGUGAACAACUGGCUGUGGUCGCCGUUCAUCGACCGCGGCCCGGCCAACCGGCUGUACAUCGAGAUCCACUUCACCAUCCGCGACUGUUCGCUCUUUCCCGGCAACGCGCUGUCGUGCAAGGAAACGUUCAGCCUGCUGUUCUACGAGUUCGAUGCGGCGACGCGCGAACCGCCGCCCUGGCAGCCGGAAAGCUACAAGCUGAUCGGGCGGAUCGCGGCGGGCGAGGGCCGCUUCAACCAGAACUCGGACGUGGACAUCAACGUGGAGGUGAAGAGCAUCGCGGUGACGAAGAAGGGCGUGUACUUUGCGUUCCGCGACCAGGGCGCCUGCAUCAGCGUGCUGGCGGUGAAGGUGUACUACAUCACCUGCCCGGCGGUGACGGUCAACUUUGCGCACUUCAACGAGACGCCGACCGGGCGCGAGGUGACGAUCAUCGAGCAGCAGAUGGGCGUGUGCGUGGAGAACGCGGAAGCGUACGAAACGCCGACCUACCUGUGCAAGGGCGACGGCAAGUGGACGAUCCUGACCGGCGGGUGCCGGUGCAAGGUCGGGUACGAGCCGGACGCGGAGAAGCAGACGUGCAACGUCUGCCCGGUCGGCAAGUUCCGGUCGGCGGAGGUGCGCACCUGCACGAUCUGCCCGCUCAACUCGAAGACGAACAAGGUCGGGUCGCCGUACUGUCCGUGCCUGAGCGGGCACUAUCGGCAUCCGCGCGACGGCAAGCACAUGCCGUGCUACAAGCCGCCCGGGCCGCCCACCAACCUGACGCUGCUGUUCAUCGACCAGACGAGCGCGAUCCUGUCCUGGAACGCGCCGCAGCGGGCCGCCGACGAGCAGCUGGACAGCAAGUUCCGGAGCGACAUCGUGUUCCGGGUGCGGUGCGCCGCCUGCACGUCCAACGUCGUCUUCAACCCGUCGAGCGAAACGUUCAACGAUACGAAGCUGACGCUCACCAACCUGGAACCGGUCACGACCUACACGGUGCAGGUGCACUCGCAGCACGGCGUCUCCUACCCGAUCGUGGCCCCGGACGGGGGGGCGGGCGGCGGUUUGCACGGCGGUGGUGCGGGUGGCGCCGCCGGACUGUACGAGAACGGCAGUGCGGUGGUGGCGGGCGGCAGCGGGUACCACGCGACCGAGCCGCCGAUGGUGGUGAUGGUCAAUGCACGGGCCGGCGGGCCCGGCUCGUCGUCCGAUCUGGACGACAUCAAGACGGAGUUUGCCGAAAUCACGUUCACGACCGAGUCGGCCAUCCUGAGCACGGUGUUUAACGUCAAAGUGGUGCAGAUCACGAACAAGGAGGUCGACCUGGUGUGGGACAAACCGAUCCACAGCGACUCGCCGAUCGAGUACUACGAGGUGCGGUGGUUCCCCAAGUCGGAGGUGGACGCGAUGAACAAGUCCGUGCUGAGCACCAAGGAGUCGAAGGUGCACAUCGGCGACCUGCUGGAAAACACCGAGUACGGGUUCCAGGUCCGGUGCAAAACGCUCAACGGCUGGGGCACGUUCAGCAACAUCGUCUACGCCCAGACGCACCAGAGCGUCAGUCCGGUGUACGAUGACUCGUUCCAGAUGCGUAUCGUAGCGGGCACUACUGUGACCGUCGUGUUCAUUUUGGUGUUGGUGAUCGUUAUAACGGUGGUGUUCCUGCGCUCGAAGAAUCACGACGAGAUAGACAAGAAAACGAACAACCAUCUGCCCUUGCCGAUGGAUUACGCGAGCAACGAAGUUCACGCAAUGGACACGACCCCGAUAGUCAAAACGAUGAAGAGCAAUGGUGGCUCAUACGGGUAUUACCGUCAACGUCGUAAUAAUUUUGCAGUGACCACGCCGCUGUUCGGUACCAGCCGGAGCUACGUCGAUCCGCACACGUACGAGGACCCGAACCAGGCGAUACGCGAGUUUGCCCGCGAGAUAGACGCGAGCUACAUCACGAUCGAGGCCAUAAUCGGUGGCGGCGAGUUCGGGGACGUGUGCCGCGGCCGGCUGAAGGUGCCGCCGAACUUCGUGCAGGAGAUAGACGUCGCGAUCAAGACGCUCAAGCCGGGCUCGUCGGAGAAGGCGCGCUGCGACUUCCUGACCGAGGCGUCCAUCAUGGGCCAGUUCGAGCACCCGAACGUGAUCUUCCUGCAGGGCGUGGUGACGCGCUCGAACCCGGUGAUGAUCAUCACCGAGUACAUGGAGAACGGCAGCCUGGACACGUUUCUGCGUGCGAACGACGGCAAGUUCCAGACGAUACAGCUGAUCGGCAUGCUGCGCGGCAUCGCGGCCGGCAUGACCUACCUGAGCGACAUGAACUACGUGCACCGGGAUCUGGCGGCGCGGAACGUGCUGGUCAACUCGCUGCUGGUGUGCAAGAUCGCCGACUUCGGGCUGUCGCGCGAGAUCGAAAACGCGAGCGACGCGUACACGACACGGGGUGGCAAGAUACCGGUGCGCUGGACGGCGCCGGAAGCGAUCGCGUUCCGGAAGUUCACCUCCGCGUCGGACGUGUGGUCGUACGGCGUGGUACUGUGGGAGGUGAUGUCGUUCGGCGAGCGGCCGUACUGGAACUGGUCGAACCAGGACGUGAUCAAGAGCAUCGAGAAGGGGUACCGGUUGCCGGCCCCGAUGGACUGCCCGGAGGCGCUCUACCAGCUGAUGCUCGACUGCUGGCAGAAGCAGCGGACGCACCGGCCCACCUUCGCCAGCAUCACGCAGACGCUCGACAAUCUUGCGCGGCAGCCGCAGGUCCUGCUGACGACGCGCAACUCGCCGGACAAUCCGGUCGCCCGCAUGGGCACGGCGGCCGGCGGCGUCGGCGACGAUCUCACGCAGGAAAUGCUGGCGGCGGCGGCGGCAGCUGCCGCAGCAGCAGCGGCAGCCGCCGGUAGCGGCGGUAUGGUCGGCGUGAUGGGUGGCAGCUCCCAGCAGCAGCAGCAGCAACAGCAGCAGCAACAGCAGCAACAGCAGCAGCGAGCCGCCACACUGAUGAUGGGUGGCGGCAGUGGCACCAGCGAGCGCGUGCUCAACACCGGCAGCAGCAUGACGAACGUGCCCGGCUCGAUGGGCACGCUCGGCUCGACGGUGGGCGGGCUGAGCAACACCGGCACGAUGUCCGGGCCCGGCAAUCCGGGCAUCUUCAUCAGCACCGACCUGUGGCUGGAGGGCAUCAAGAUGUCGCGCUACUCGCAACACUUUAAGGAGGCCGGUCUCGUCACGGCCCAGCAGCUUUCCCGGCUAACGGCUCAGCAGCUCAGCGACAUGGGCAUCACGCUGGUCGGGCACCAGAAGAAGAUACUCCACCAGGCCCGGCAGAUCGAUACCAUCAUCUAAAGGCGCGCAUCCAGCAAAUCGUUACACACCACAACACACAAACACAGUUCCAGACCGACCAUUCCGUGCCCGCGCACACACCCACAGAACCCGACGGGGGAAGAGCAAAUCGUUGUAAAGCGGGCGGCGACGGCGACGGGGCACCACGUUCACAGGGACUCAAGCACACUCAUAGGACGUUGUUAAAAUAGGGUCGCUUCAAGCAAGGGCACAGCGCGCAUGGAAUCCAUUUUCUAUCAAAGCGGUGUUAAUUUUUGCAAAUUCCAUGAACUCUCUUGUGGAGCUGCUCUAUGCUGUUCUAUGCUUUUAUUUUAUGCGAAGCUCGAAUUUUAGCGUUACCUUAUUGUGUUGUUGAAUACCAAAAGGCUCUACUCAUGGACGCCUGUAGCAUUUGUAUUUUUUUGGUAAUAUUUUUGCUGCUGUAUAUUGAUUGAUGGUCUUGAAUUUGUACUACGAAAAUUAACUGCCGUUUAUUUAGUCAAAGUGUAAAUGUUAAACGUAUUAUGAAGUUGAAAAAAAAAUAACUGCGUAUCCAUGACAGUAAUUAAAAAAAAAAGAAAAAAAAAAACAUUUUAUUCCAUGAUUUUCCAUGAGUUCUCAUAGUUGUGGGACACUUCCUACACUCUUUCUUAUGGGAAGUGAACUUAUGAUGGAAAUUGGACCAUAUGGUACCCUGUUUGAACAGGCUCCCUAAAAUUCCUAUUGGAUUUGUGGAACAAGGGUGCUAUAGAUUCCCAUUCACAUUAGAUUAAGCUCAUAUCAAGUAAGAAGGAGGCAACAAAGUGUCUCACAGCUAUGGGAACCCCUGGAAAACCCUGUAAGUACAGUAAGUAGAGAAGCAUCAACACGGCAGCAGCCACCAAGCAGUGCAAUCAGGGAACUGUACGUAACACCGUUUUGAUAAGAAGAUUCGAUUUUCAUCCGCCAGGAGAACGCGCAUUUUGUCGCGAACGAAUACUCACAUCAUCCAACGACACGAAUACUCACGAACCUCAGCUCUCAGCAGGAUCGGCGUUCCAAACAAGGCGCCCAUCCUGUUACUAGCCAUAUAUAUCUAUAUGUGUAUAAAAUAAGAACGACGAUUGCGGCCCCAGCGAGCGUGGUGUGAUUGUGCCCUACUUUGCCCCCUCCUCCCGCGCCACCGCCUACUUCAAAAUGCGCGCGGAAAAGUGUGGUGCGUGUGUGCGUGCGGCUUAGUUUUGUUUCCAAUUUUUAUGCUUUUAUCUUAUGCGGGAUUGCUUCUUUUUUUCUUCUGUCCACUCUCUCACAAACGGCCGCCAGGCCAGGGCCAACCGCAUUUAUAGUUACGGAAAAAUAGCUACGCCGAGCCCCCCCGGUCCCGGCAAGCGUAUUUCGCAUUUAAUAUGAAACAUAAAGAAGAAGAAAAGAAGAAGAAAAGAAGAAGAAAAAGAAGAAUAAGGAGGAGAAGAAGAAACAGAGGAAGAAGAAGAAGAAAAACAAAAAAAACUGAUAGACAAGUGAGAGUCGUAGUAGGUAGCAUCUCUCGACCGCUCGAUGCACAGGCCCGAUGCGGGGAGGACGUUUAGGUUUUAUUUUAACGCAAAGAGAAAAGGCUGCUGCUUUCCUUUGUCUUGUUCUGUGUUCUAUCGUUUUUCUUUCUUUCUUUCUUUUUUUUUAGUUUUUGUUCAAACUAGUACGUGCUCUCAGUGAACUUGUGUUACUUAAGCGUUGGCAUUUUUAUUUUAAAUUAUAACUACUUAUACAUAUAUAUAUAUACAUAUACAUACACAUAUACAUAUUAGCUGGUAUUCGAAGUCCUUUUGCAAUAGCAAAAAACAAACAAACAAGCAAAAAAAAAACCCAUUGCGGACAGAGACUGACUUCACUGACUGAAGGGAAGGUGUAGAAGAAGACGAUGGAACGAUGGGGAAGCGUGUGUACUAUAUUUUUUAGUAGUGGAGUGGAAUAGCAGGCUGGGAAAGCAGAAGGGAAGGGAAAGAAGUUAUGGGAAAGAGAGAGAGAGUAGUUUUAGCCUGCGAGGUGGGGUGCAACCGGUGAGAGCAGAUAUGAACAGUAGGAAGGAGGAAGUAGAGGGAAGCCAUGAGAGAGAGAGAGAGAGAGAGAAAAUGAUAGAGAAAGAGAGAGAGAGAGCGAGACGGAGAGAGAGAGUGAGAGAGAGAGCGAGAGAGCGCGAGAGGGGGAAGGUGGUUACAUCAACAAUGUGAUUUUUAUACUCUGUAGUAAUUAGGUAGUCGGCUUUUAAUUUCAGAAUAUUAUUUUUUGUUUUUUAUUUUAAAUGUUAGUUUCGUAAGCGCCCGCCGAACAACAAACAAAACAAGAAGAACAGAAUGGUGUGUGUGUGUGUGCUCUCUCACACCAUCCCCUGUGCGCUUUCGGGUGGUCGGGCGCGCCACAUCAGUGACCAGUGAUUGCAAUGCGCCCCCAAGGGUUAUCCCCCAGGACCCACAUCGGUGUUUGUUGGCUUUUUUUUUGCUCACACGCUCACAAUGCUGUGUCGAUGAGUUUUCUGGCGCGUUCGAACAGCGCCCGACAUCUUGGAGAGGGGAGAAAAGUGAAAUCGGGGAGAAGACAACAACCAAUCCCCCAGAGAGGGGGGCGAUGGGAGCGAAAACAAAGCAACCUUCCCAUUUGCGCAUUUUCGUUGUGUAUAGAAGCAUUUGUGCAUGUAUUUUAACAUCCCUUUUUUUAAACUGUAUUUUUUAUACGCAUUUUAAAUAUAAAUAUAUGUAAUUCCAAGCAAAAACAAAUAAAUGCUGCCACUGCGCGAGAAUAGGGGGAAGGGACGCAUCACGAUUACACAACAUUCACACAAUCUGUUUUACACCGUAUCAGUGAGCCACACGGAUCAUCCAGGCGGAGGUAGGAGUAAAGUGGGUGGUUUUUGCUACACGCGAGACGUUGCUUGUGGGGUUUCUUGUCGUGUAAGGAAUAGCUUAAUUGUUCAUUUGUGGACUCCCCUCCCCCCACGUCUCUGUGGGAGCGAGAGAGAGAGAGAGGGGAUUCCAAUCGGGAGGACAAACUAUUACCUGCUUAACAGUUGCUCGUUUGGUACCACCGACCCCUCCAUCCCCCCCCCACC